GCGGACCAACGUAUUAUUUUAGCAGUCGCUGCAUGAAAGAGAUGAACGUGGCUGUUGUUCCUUCGUCGCUGCAGAGUCGUAAAUUGAUUUGAGAGUGCCGUCCCCGUUUUCCUGCUAGAAAGAUGCCGAAGAUCGACGGAAUAAAUCUGGGUUACUCGUAUCAUCUGCCGACAGCAGGAUGGGGUCUGCGGAUCAGAAACACCCUCUCGCAAUUCAGCGAUCUUUUCAGCGAAUUCAAUAAGUACAUAGCACCUGCCUACCACCACGACAGAUGCGAAAGGUCCGUGCAGAUGCGCCUGUACUCGAUGCACAAGCGCGAAUUCGUGAUGGUCUUCGUAGCGUUCUUCGCGUGCUUCGGGCUGGCGCUGUUCAUCGGCUUAGCCGGACCACCAAUCACGCUGAAGCAAUCCAUCGAUGGAGGCGGGCUUUUAGCGAAAGACAACAAAACGAUAACCAAUCACGCGACUGGUCCAUACACGAUGCGUUCACCGGAAAUGAGCACAUACAAUCAACAGCUCUGGCUCAUCGCCAAACUGAACACCGGAAACAAAGAUGACGAGACUUUCGAUAAGAGCUUCAGAGUGAACGUAAACAUCGAAGGUCUGACUUCGGAGCAUAAACCAGUAGAGAUAUUGCAGGAUACGAAAAAUAGAACUCGUCAUCUGAAGUGCGUGAAGCAGAGCUGCCAAGAAUUCAUCGUUUUACACUUGGCCUUCCUCAAGUACAACCAUUACAUGUUCACCGUCCACUUCUACGACUUGGAGUCUUUCCAUCAGCGCUACCAUAUCAAAGACAUCACUUUUUACUUCGUCACGUACAAUCCGGCCUUCACGCAGAUCGAAGUAUGGUUCAGAUUAAUCUUCCUCCUUUCCAGCUUCGUGAUUUUCGUAUGGUACACGCACGUCAUGAAGAAGUACGAGGUGUGCUUCUGGUCAAUCGAGCAAUCUUGGAUCAACGUUCUACUGCCCACUUUACUCUUUUACAACAAUCCGUCGUUCCCAAUGAUGUUGUUGGCCAACUCUUGGCUUCCCGGUGUAAUGGAUGCUUUUUCGCAAAUCACUUUCUUGGCCUGCCUUUUGCUCUAUUGGCUCUCAACUUACCACGGUUUAAGACAAAAUGAUAGGAAAUGGGCGCGUUUCUAUGUGCCUAAGCUGAUCAUAGUCGGCGUUCUUUGGUUCUCCGCGUUGACGCUCUCGAUCUUGGAGAAGUUCAACGAGCAACAAGACCCGACCUACAACCACACAGUCGACGCAAGCUAUUAUUACGGUUUGAAAAUAGUUUUCUUCACGUUCUGCGCCAUCUACAUCACGUAUCUCUUCUUGCUGAUGCUGCGAGCUUACACCGAGUUGCGAUCGAUGCCGUUCUUCGAUAUGAGAUUAAAGUUUCUGACUCUUCUGAUGUGCAUCGUCCUGGCCAUAAUCUUAACGCAAACUGUGAUGGGUUUCGGAGUCGGCAUCUUGGAGGAUAAGUUCGUGACGAACCUGGACAUCCACUACAGCAGUUCGGCGCAAUUCAUGUCCUUCUACGGCCUCAUCAACUUCUACGUGUACACCAUGGCGUACGUUUACUCGCCGCCGGGCAACAGCGCGAUUCAGGAUUUCGGUAUAACCAAAGAUAAUCCUGCGUUCUCGAUGAUCAACGAUUCCGACGAGGACGUGAUUUACGGUUCGGACGAGGAGAGCAGACGUCCGUUGAACAGGCCGAGAAACGACGACGACAGCGACUGAAUGUGUGGAAAAAAAAGUCCCAACUCCUCGAUCAUUUGUGUUCUUGUUCGAAAUCAAAAAUUAAAGUUUAAAAAGAAA